AUGAGGAUGGCUCUAAAGGACUCGAAGACUUACACUGUCGAUCAGACUACGGCGAUCGAUGAGAUGCUAAAUCAACAUGGUCUGGAUGCAGCAAACGGCGUGAGGGCGCCCAUCGGUGACGACAGCAACGACGAUGUGUCAGAAGGUGUGUACCUGUCGGCAAAUCGGGGCAAGAAAGGCGAGACUACUGUCCGAAACUUUCAGUCUUUAGUGGGUAGCCUUCUAUGGAGUGCCCGGUGUUCAAGGCCUGACAUUAGCUUCGCGGUUCACAGAGCCACAAGACGUACGCACCAGCCCACUGUCAGCGACUGGAAGCUGGCAAAACGCGUCGCGAGAUACCUGAAGACAACAAAAGACAUGAAACUCAAGAUGAGCCUCGAAGAUGAGAAAGAUGUUAUCACGGUGACAUGUUGGAGUGACUCAGACUUUGCGGCAGAUAAGUCCGACCGCAAGUCAAUAACCGGUGGAGUACUUACGGUGAGUGGAGUCAUCGUGCAUUGGAUCUGCAAAAAGCAGACCGGAGUAUCCUUGUCUACCAUGGAGGCCGAGUUUACCUCGGCGUCGCACGUUGGACGAGAGCUGCUGGGAUUGCGAGAAUUGCUGAAGGAGAUUGGACUUCCUGUGACUGUAACGGGGCACCCUGAAGCUUGUACUGGUGACAGUACAAGCUACUUAUUCUGA